CAUUUAAAGUGUCCAUCUUUUGGAUGUAGCACACACAGACACACCCACAAAUAAAAGAAGAUAUCCACAACCGCACGCCUUACUUCUAUUACAAAGGCCACACAAGUUUUCGACCCUUCAUUACCCUUUUUCUUCUUUUCACGCACAUCUUCCUCUUCACAAUGGAGGCUCAGCAGAAGGUGGUAUUAAAGGUCCUUACAUGAAGAUGAAAAAAAAAGAAGGAAAGCAAUAGAAGAGCUGAGAUAUUAUGGUGGUGUUUACUUAUGUUUCAUUUUCGUUCUGGUCAUCGAAAACCUUUUCUUUUGAUCUGUUAACUGUUGUUCGUGGAAACAAUAUAGGGGUUGAUUCGAUAGCUGCAGAUGUGAAGGAACAGAAGUUGAUAGUGGUUGGCGAAAUGGAUGCAGUGGCGGUGGUGAAGAAGCUGAAGAAAGUAGGGAAGGUAGAUAUAAUAUCAGUUGGACCUGCAAAGGAAGAGAAGAAAGAAGAAAAGAAAGAGGAAAAGAAAGAGGAAAAGAAUGAAGAGAAGCCAGAAGAGAAACCGGAAGAGAAAAAAUAAAAGCAAUACAUAUCAUCCAAAUUUUCAAAUUCUUCCCCUCCUUUAAGAUAUCCCGAUAUAGAUAUUAAGCAGCAGAUUGUUCGUAUAGUUUAUGAAUAAUGAAAACUUUUCUCGGUUCGAAUUAUCUUUUUGAGUUUGAUGAUAUCUAUGCCUUCUGCUCGUUCUUAUAAAUUGUACCAAGAGUGUGCAGAAGGAAAAAAAACUGGUACAGUGAGAAUCCUCUUCCAUUC